GACUUCCAGCAAACCGAACACCCGGAAUAUAUUUGUUACGUCCGGAAAUCAUUAAGAUGACACUGGUGUUUUGAUGGAGCACUGUCGUGCAUGAUGACAGAUGGCGUUCUGAUGUUGUGUAUGAUGACAGAACGAGUUCAUGAAAUCGAGGCAUGAAAACGUUGCUGCUGUAUAUCUUCAUCUCAAUGGAAGUCGGGUUUAUUGAAGGCGAGGUGUACAUGGCCCAAAUCUCCAGCAAUAUGUCAGAGUUGGCAGACGGCGAGAGGGCCUCUAGCGAACCCUCGCCCGCGGAGAGGAUUAUCCUAAUGGUCAUGCUGUCCAUCUUCUCCGUGGUGGGCUCUGUGGGGAACGGGAUGGUCAUCUUCGUGUUCCAGAGAAUCCGCGACAAGACAACCGCCCAGGUGUUCAUCAUUACCAUGGCGGUCAUCGACCUUUUCACCUGCAUGGUCAUCAUCCCCUUCACCAUGCUGAUGGAGUUCAUCGACUACAACGUCAAGUACGACUUCUUCUGCAAGCUCUACCACUUCCUCAUCGCCUCCAAGGUACCGCUAUCAGCUUUCAUCAUGGUGGCCAUCGCGUUCGACCGCUACUUUUGUAUCUGCCAUCCUCUAAAACGGGUGAUUACGUUGAGGAGAGUUAAAUACACCAUGGUGUAUCUGUCGCUGUUGGCGUGCGUGUUGGGGCUGAUCACGUCGUUGUUUUACAGCGUGUACCAGGUGAUCUUGGAGAUCGACAGCGUCAGUAUAGACCGAGAGAUGGGGAUCAACUUCACCAAGUCCAUCACGGAAGCCGACGAUAUCAAAAUCCCGGUCAGCGUUAGCGGGGAGACGGCGGAAGUCCCCGGCACGACAAAGCCGGAGCGGUACAACGAGCUUCGGGAGAAACUAGUCAACGCGUUGAAGCUGUACAAUUACUCCUACGAUGGGACGAGCAUUAACGCCGUACCCUGCACAUUGAGGACUGUGUACACGGGUACCUGUAGCGCAUCGUCGGUUAUACUGGGCCAGACAUUUUUCAAAGCCUACCACCCGUUUCACAUCUCGAUUUUUCCCUUAUGCCUCAUCACAGUCAUCGUCUUGUAUUUCCUUAUCUACCGCUUCAUGUGCCUGAGACGGUCCAAGAAACUCCAGCAAAAGUUGAUCAUGUGUUCGUAUGUAAACGGGGACGGAACGUACGAGAACACGCGUCUAGUCAGCGGAGUCAUUGAGGACAAACGGAGAAACAGCAAAAACGGCUCCGCGUCUUCAAUCCCCGGGACGUUUCCGGUUUCGGUUUCCGCGUAUGACGUCAGUCCAAGCACAACGGUUAUAAUUAGAUCAAGUAAUUCGUGUCACACCGCGGAACAGAUGCAGAGCGGGGACGGUAAGGCGGGGAAACACGGAGCGCAUUUACAAGUGGAGGGCGGGCAUAAGUCGAAACUGUCAUUCACGCCAGCCAACGUGUCGUCCGUCACGCCCACGGAACACGAAGACAACCUGCCCAUCCUAGACAACUUCUACAACACCAACGCCAACAACAACAACAACUUCAGCAACCAGACCAGCAGCCUCCGUCGCCACAGCCAUCUCCCGGAGCAGAAAUACCACUGGCACAAGAACAGGGACUCCAUGAAGCGGUACAAGGGGAAAUCAAAACGCCGGCGGUCCCAGCAUAGCUUAGACGUAGACCGCUUGCGGGAUGAGAACCGCGCCGCCAACGUGAGAACCGCUCUGAUGCUGUUCACCGUGACAAUCGUGUUUGUGAUCGCCUUCUUGCCGUCGAUGCUGAUGUCCCAGCGGAUAGUCCAGUACAAACUGGUGCCGUUCUACAUCUACUUCAGCUACAACGUCGCCAACCCGUUCAUCUACGCCUUCAUGAACCACAUCUUCAAGGACUACAUGCGCAAGAUGUUCUCCUGCCCGGAUUUGACCCGCAGGUCGAAAUGAAUCGCACGCUUGGGAAACAUUAUAAAACUCGAACAUGGACAGAAAGUUUUCUUUCAUGAGCUAGUUAACACCCAAAAUCAGCCUAUGGACUUAAUGAUAUCGGCGGGUGUGUUUUCCUGUACAGUAUCAUAAGUAUCUUGCAACAGCUGAUAACAUGUGUAGCAUUAUCGGAGAGCUAUAACAAUAAUGAUGGUCAGCUUUGGGAUUUGUCUAUCAAGCUAAGCGUUUACUGCUUUUUUGAAUAAAUUUCCUGCAUCAGCCUAUGGGAUUCUUGCAUUUACGCUAACGAAUC